UGUGGAUCGAUUACAGACCCACUACAACCACUUGCGAGCACUCAAAAUAUACAUUAUUAGCUUCAACUAAAUUGCUAAGAAUUAUACAUGCUGUGUAUGCUAAGUUAUACAUGUUGUGCGAACGGGGUGAUUAAUCUUAAAGUAGUAUACCGAUAUACCUAAACACUGGCCAACAACCACUAGUAACGCAAGUCAAUGUAUAGUCACGUGGUGCGAAUAGAACGGCCAUCUUUCUCUGAAAACACAAACAACAAGAGUAGCGAGCCGACAAGACAUCAACACGCAGUGACUGUAGGAGGGGGGAAAUAAUAAAUACAAUAUUUUUAAUCAUUCACAAAAUAUUGAAUGAAUGAAGAUUGUACACAAAAAUAACGUAUUUGAAAAAUAAUCAACAUUGCUUCAGUAAGCAGUUUGAAGGGAGGUGGUCAGGAAUCAAAGGUGUCCUCACCUGGAGAGUCUCGGUCAAGCCACGUUUCAGUUGGAGAGAGAACGACAGAAGGCGAGAAGAGAGGGAGAGGAGGAGGGAGAGAGUCGCGUCUGUUCCUGGCAGCUGUUCCAGCAGCCUGUUUUCUUCCCUACGUUUAGAUUUAAAUCGAGAAGGAUCUUUAUUUUUUUAAGUGUGAUAUUACUGCUGUUGUCGUCCAACCAUUAUUGUUACUAUUGACAGUGUUUUAUUUUGUUUGUUUCGUCGUUAUUGACUCGACAGUUUAUUCCAAUUUCUUUGUUCUUGUUUUUUUAAUUUGUACUGCUAUUUUUUCGGCUGUGAGCAGAGGCUUCUUCCAAACUGUUCUCUUACCCGAACCAGCACUCUAUCCCCUAUACACACUUGAAACAGGCAGCUAUUCUUUAUCUCUGUGUGUUUUGGGGAGCUCUGUGAUCACAGCAAAAUAAGCACCACUCAGCCUUCUCACCUAAGCCUAACUAAGCCAGUCCUAGCCUGAUCCAGCCUGGUCCGCUCUUCUGGACAGGAUACUCAGCUCUGUAAAGACGUAGGGAAUAUGACUGCUGAGACACUUAACUUCGGCCCCGAAUGGCUCCGUGCACUAUCCAGUGGGGGGAGUGUGACGUCCCCCCCUCCUUCCCCCGCCAUGCCAAAGUACAAGCUGGCCGAGUAUCGCUACGGCCGAGAGGAGAUGUUAGCACUUUAUAUCAAAGAGAACAAGGCCCCGGAGGACAUGCAGGAUAAGGAGUUUGCAUCUAUUCUGCAAGAUGAGCCCAUGCAGCCGCUGGCACUGGAGCCUCUCACUGAGGAGGAGCAGAGGAACUUCUCAAUGUCUGUGAACAGUGUGGCUGUGCUGAGGCUCAUGGGUAAAGGAGGGGGAGUUGCCCCAGCGGGCGUGGCCCGAGGCAGAGGCACCACGCGAGGAGGAGGCAGAGGGCGAGGUCGAGGCGAGAGUGGAGGAUUCUACCAAAGAAGUAUUGAGGAGGGAGAGGUAGGCUUCGGCCGUGGAGCCAGAGAGAUCCACCGCAGCCAGAGCUGGGACGACAGGGGCGAGAGGCGUUUUGAGAAGCCUGUGCGUGCCAGGGAGGGGGUACGUGUUGCCUUCGAGGAGGCGACCGGUGUCCCUGUGCCUGGGGUACCGAGGAAGGACUACACGCGGUCGGACAGUGAGAACUGGCGUAGCCUCCGAGAGGAGCAGGAAGAGGAGGAGGAGGAGGGGGCCGACCCCGGGGGCAGCUGGAGACUGGCCGGAGCACGGAGAUUAGAUGAUGGAGGUCCAAAGUCAGCAGGCUGGCGGGAGCACGACGGUCAGGUUGAGGGGCGUCGCAGGAAGUUUGAGUUUGACUUCGGCGGGGGUCGCAGGCGGGCCGGCAGCGAGGGGUUAGAGGACGACAGAGACGGACUCCCUGAGUGGUGCACUGAUGAAGAAGGAGAGAUGGGCACCUUCGACGCUUCCGGAGCCUUCCUACCCAUAUCCAAGGGAGGAAAGGAGGAUGAAUUGGACUUCCAGGGAAUAGAAGAGGAGGAAGAAGGGGGGGAGAGUCUUUCUGACAUGAAGAGGAUCAUGAAUGGAGGACAGAGAGUCGAUGUAAAGGAAUCCGCUGGUACCAGUCCCUCUUCCUCCUCCUCCUCCUCUCCCCCUGGCCCCCUCUCUGCCCCUCCAGCUCUGGCUCUCAACCCCCCCAUGCCCCAGCUGUCCCUCACCGUGGCUGAGCUGGAGGCCUCUCAGAUGGCCAACAGCCACCCUGUCCCUGUUCCUGUCCUUGUCAAGGCUAGCAAGAUGCCAAGUGAAGUUCUCGAGGGCUCUCCAGCAGGGUCCUCCACCACCCAACAGAGCCCCAGCACCACCUCCAGUCUGCCUUCACCCCCUCCCUCUUCCUCUGCUGCUAACCAUCUCUCCCUGCCACCGGGGGGCGACACCGAGGACGACGAUGGCAUGAAGCACCUGCAACAGGAGGCAGAGAAGAUGGUGGCGUCCCUGCAGGACACGUCUCUGGAGGAGGAGAGUUUCACUCAGACACUGCAGGAGAGCAGAAACACAGCCUCCGCCCUGCCCCUCUCCCACGACGCUGCCAUGAAGUGGUUCUAUAAGGACCCCCAAGCAGAGAUCCAGGGUCCAUUCACCACUCUGGAGAUGUGCGAGUGGUUCCAGGCGGGCUACUUCUCCAUGUCUCUGCUGGUGAAGAGGGGCUGUGACGAGGGCUUCCAGCCACUGGGCGACGUCAUCAAGAUGUGGGGACGUGUGCCUUUCGCCCCCGGGCCCUCCCCGCCGCCCCUGCUGGGUAGCAUGGAUCCGGACCGUCUGAAGAAGCAGCAGGAGCAGGCAGCAGCAGUUCUCUAUCAACAGCUCCAGCAGCAGCAGCAGCUAUUCCAGCUCAUCAGCAGGUGCGGAGAGCAGGGUAUUUUGCCUUCGGUGAACAGGUCGAUGUCAGUGCCAGAUACAGGGUCCAUGUGGGACAUGCAUACCUCAGCUUCACAGCAAUCAGGCGGUGAAGCCAGUUUAUGGGACUUAACAAUGAAUUCUUCAACUCAGGGUCCAACUCUCGAACAGCUUCAGAAGCUCCAGCAGGAGAGGAGAGAAGCUGAACUCAGGGCAAAGCGCGAGGAGGAGGAACAGCGCAAGAGGAGGGAAGAGAAGAGGAGGCAGCAGGAGGAGCAGAAGAGGAGGGAGGAGGAGGAGAUCUUCAGACGCAAACAGUGUCGCCAGCAGCAGGAGCUGAUCAUGAAGCUGCUCCAACAGGCCCCCCAGCAGGGCUCAGGCUCCGGGGUGGGGUCUGGCUGGGGCAGUGGGGGUCUCAACAAGUCAGGGGCCAAGGGCCUCAGUCUGCUUGACAUGCAGGAGGCAGAGAGGCUUCUUAAACAGCAGCAGAGAGCCCAGCAGCAGCAGAGAGCCUCCAUGGGUCAGUGGGGGGACGGAGGUGCUGUCACGGGCAGCCUGUGGGGAGGCGGAGGGGGGAUGGAGGGUAAGGCUGGGGGUGGCAUGGGUCUGUGGGAUGAGGCAGUGAAGAACCAGACCAGAAGUAGCAGCAUGCAGGGACUGAAGAACAGCCGCAGCAGCCCCUCACUCAGUGAGCAGUAUAUGCUAAGCUGUAGGAAGCAGCGAACGGAUGAGGAGGACAAGCUGCUGAAGCUGCUGCAGGGCAUCAAGACGCCUCAGGAUGGGUUCACCACCUGGUGUGAACAGAUGCUGCACGCCCUCAACACCCAAGCCAACAACACCUCCUCUCCACUGGACGUGUCCACCAUCGUGGCGUACCUGAAGGAGGUGGAGUCUCCCUACGAGGUCCAUGACUUUAUCCGCUCCUACCUGGGAGACACCAUGGAAGCCAAAGAGUUCGCCAAGCACUUCCUGGAGCGCCGUGCCAAACAGAAACAGAACCUGCAGCGGCAGCAGCAGCAGCUAUCAAAGGAAGUAGCAGGGCUGGCCAUGAGCAACUUCCCUCUGCCGGACUCCAUGCGGGGAGUGAGCCCCAGCACCCUGCAGUCCAUGUUCCAGGCUGCCCAGAUGGGGAAGGGAGGGCUGUACGACACCCAGGGGGCCAUGAAGAAGAAGAAACAGCCUGUGGUGCUGCACUCUGACCCCAGCAUCUUAGGGUACUCAUACCACAAUGCGGGCGAGCGUCUGAGCCUGAAUGAGAUGGAGAUGGUGGAGGAUUACUGAUCCAGAUCUGAUCAGCGGCAAUAGCUACUACCUGAGGCCUUCUGUCUACUAAUCAGACAAAUCUGAUGACGAAUGUGCACUGCUUGAA